CACCUCCCACUUAACGGUGUCAACUCUCCGUCACUCUCGCUCCUCUUUCUCUCUUAUUGCCAUAAAAAAUGUCCAUUCUCUGUCUCUUUCUCUCUCUCUCCUCUCUUUUCUCUUUCUCUCUCCGGUAUUGGGGGGACAUUGAAAGGAAAAGCGUUUCUGAGGGAAUCUCUCUUCAUUUCAUUUUGCAGAAAUUCAUCCAUGUCGCAAGAUAAGGGUGUGCCUUUGCCCAAGUUUGGGGAGUGGGAUGUAAACAAUCCUGCCUCAGCUGAAGGAUUUACUGUCAUAUUUAACAAGGCCAGGGAUGAGAAGAAGACAGGUGGUAAUUCUGGGACUUCAGAAUCACCAAGGAAAAGUGAAACCAGUUUUAAACAAGAGGCAUCUUAUCCUAGUAAAUCUGGAAAGAAGUGGUUUUGCUGCGUUCUUUGAUAAAUAUGAAUGUGGUUGCAGAAAGAGUGGGCCGUUAUGGAGGCCAUGAAUCCCCAGCAUGGUGCUCUCUCUCUCUCUCUCUAUGUGUAGUUUUACUGUCUCCAUGAAGGCCAUAUAUUUUGGGGAUUGUCUUUCAUGUUUGGGACUUUGGGCCUCACUGGAGGAGUGCAUUAUGUAAUGCCAUGACUCUUCCUUCCUUGUUUUUCCCCUUUUAUAUAUCUUUCCUGCUUUCAUGUAGUGAGAGAAAAGCUUGAGAACUGUGAGUUAUAAAGGCUGGUUGGAAGUUCUUUUAAAGGAUCUCACUCGGACCAUGAGAAUCAAAUUCUUUUAUUUUCUUUCUCCUGGUCUGAAUCAUGUAUUUGAUAUUAUGAAAAAUAAAUAAUGGAUAUGGUUUUGGGUUCAAA